GGCAAGGACUGGAGUGGACAAUUGAACUGCAGACUGUGUAGUUGUCCAGGGCAGAGCUGGUAAAAGGUCACAUUUUUCCUGAUGGAGAGAUGGCUCUGGUGAGGAGUACUCUGAUCGCUGUCUGCCUAGUGACAGCCUUCUUCAGGAUCGCGGUAUCAGAUGAGGCUCCAGUGGUGACAGUGAAGGGUGGCACUUUGAGGGGGGAGUACGCACGGGUCAAGGGCACGGAGCAGGUGGUGGAGGCAUUCCUGGGUGUCCCCUUUGCCAGUCCCCCCGUGGGCCCUCUGCGAUUUGCCAAGCCCCAGCCCGCUCUGCCCUGGAAGGGGGUGAGAGAUGCCACACAUCAGCCUAACAUGUGCCUUCAGGACUCUAACUUUAUACGACUUACAGCAGAGGCUUUACACUUUAAUCACACUAUUCCACCUGCAUCUGAGGACUGCUUAUAUCUCAAUGUGUAUGCCCCCUCAAAUCUCACCGCAGGAGAGAAAGCACCGGUAAUGGUGUGGAUUCAUGGAGGCGGUCUGAUGAUGGGGUGUGCAGCCCAGUACGAUGGUGCUGUUCUGGCUGCCUAUCAGGGUGUGGUCGUGGUUGUCAUUCAGUAUCGCCUGGCGAUUCUGGGCUUCUUCAGCACGGGAGAUGAACACGCCCCUGGAAAUUGGGGUUUUUUUGACCAACUUGCUGCCCUCCAGUGGGUUCAGGACAACAUUGAAAGCUUCGGCGGGGACCCAAAGUCAGUCACCAUCUUCGGCGAGUCAGCAGGCGGGAUUAGCGCCUCCAUUCUUAUGCUUUCUCCAUUGUCGACUGGUUUGUUUCACAAGGCAAUCCUUCAAAGUGGAGUGGCCACCGUGGGCAGCUUCUCUCAAGCAAAGCUACACAGCGUGGCAAAUCUGGCAGGAUGCAGCCAUAAUGCCACAGAGCAGCAGGUGCAGUGCUUGAGGCAGAAGACUGUGGAAGACAUCUUGAAUGCGACCGCAAAUCUGAAGGUCUUCCUUUGGGGUGUCGUGGAUGGAGUGUUUCUGAAAAAAACAAGUGAAGAGCUUUUAAAAAACAAGGAAUUCCUCAGGGUUCCGGUGCUUAUGGGAGCAACUGACGAUGAAUUUGGCUGGCUCCUCCCAAUGACAUUUUCUCCUCCUAGCUGGGAUAAGGGUAUGGAUAAACAGACAGUUAUGAAAACAAUGAACUUCUUCUUUCCAAAUGUGGCUGCUAACGAGCUGAUUGCCCAGGAGUACCUCCGUGAUGCACAGACUCCAGAAGCCAUCCGAGAUGGCUUCACAGAAAUGAUGGGGGACCGGUUCAUGGUUCUGCCUAUCAUCAAAGUUGCUAAGUACUACAGAGAUGCUGGUGUCCCAGUGUACCUGUACGAGUUUCAACACAGACCAGAAGCGCACAAGAGCAGGCCAAGCUUUGUGAAGGCAGAUCACGCUUCUGAUGUUGGUUUUGUCUUCGGAGCCUGUUUCUUUGAGGGCUCGGUCACAGUUACAGGUAAUAUCACAACAGAAGAGGACGAGUUAUGCAGAACGACGAUGGAAUACUGGGCUAACUUUGCCCGGACUGGCUCACCCAAUGGUGCGGGGCUGGUGCAGUGGCCAGUCUAUGGAGAGACUGAAGAGUACCUGAAGUUGGACCUCACACAAUCAGUGGGACAGAAACUCAGGCAGAAUAGGGUGCACUUCAUGGAUGUCGUCCUCCCUCAGCUGUUGGCCAAACUCCCACCGAGCCCUGAUGCUCCCUGAAAAGACUGGUUCAGAUCGUUAAAGCAAAAUUUAUUUUGCUUUUAGAAAUGUUGUUCUCAAUGAAUAAAUGAGUUUUAGGCCAUCCUAAAGAGAAAGAGUCAACAUGUCUCAUCUUAAUAAUAGAGCCAACAGAUAAGACAGAUAUUGCUCAACCAAUUCAUAUCGCUUUGUUAUGGAAACAGUUGUUUCAUUUGUUAACUGCAGUUUUGAUGUGUUUUAUCUCUGUAUGGGGAAGUUAUAAACCUGGCUCUCACAGUUACACAAACUAGACACUUUUUGAUAAGAGCAACCUGGCAAUUCCUUGCCUGACCAACACGUGCAACUCAAAAUUUCAUUCAAGUUAUUUUCGUUAUUAUCUAGAGAAAGUUUUUUUUUUUUUUUUGAGAUUUCAAGACAAUCUUGUUAUCUCUUGUUAUCUAUCUGUUAUAACGUGUUAAUGACAUAAAUAUCUCAAGCUGGCAAAAAAAAAAAGAAAAUUAUCCCGUUAAAACGGGAAAACAGAGCAAAUAAAAUGUAUAAAAACAUG